GAACCCUUCAACAGCAAGGCAUGCGAGAUAGCCUUGCGCAAGGAGGGCACAUACCGCUGCGGGAUCAACCUUCUUUGGAUUGACCCGUUUGCAUCUAUCACACCUGCAGUCCCCCUAGACCAUUCCCGCGUCGUGGAGCUGGGGCAGUUCGCCUAUCCUGAUGGAAAAACUCCGAGACACCUCCAGGAGAACUUUCAUGUAGCCACCGAUGCUGCGGAUGUGGACCUUUUGGGGAAGCGUGGAAAGUGGCGAGGAAUCAGUCCUGAAGAGAUGCAGCACAGUCUCAUCUUUGCAUUGGCCAAGUGCAUUGAGGACAAGGUGCUCUGCGACAUGAUCGAAAAUGGGCAGCUGGACAAGGAUACCAUUAGCAAAGGAUAUUUGCAAGGGAGUGGCACCAGCGCAUCGCUGGUUGAACUGCUGAAGUUGAAGCGAAGCACUGUACAGCACUUUUUGCAGGUGGAACUGCCAAGGAACCAGUUCGACACGGAGGAUCUGAAGAUGAUCUAUGAGAAGAUCAUGACAGUGAAGAACUACAGGAAGUAUGUGAAUCCGAGCAAGACAACGGACAGCUCUAUCCUUGCAGAGGUUCAGUGGAUGUCUUCUUUGAAAGGCUCAAGCUUGCUGGUGCUACGGCUGAUGGAGGACGACAUUGACCUUCUCUACAGCGUGACUUUGAAUGGACCGCUGGUUGUGCUCUUGAAGAAGGGCAAAGGUGUGAGCCCGCUCGAACUUCUCGACAUUGAGACGUUCAAUGUCCGGUGGCAGCCCUGCUUGGCUGCCAAGAACAACGAGCUGGCGGCGGAGAAGGCAUUGUACCAACAGGAUGGCAAAAAUGCCAAAGAAGAUGUUUGCACCCAGAUCGCCGAGGGAAGCUUGGCGCCACAGCCAUCCAAGUACCCAAAAGGAUCUCGUGAGCAUUUUGUCGCUACCGCCGCGGAGCAGGUUCAGAUCUAUGUGAGCCUGGUCCCAGAGCCAGCCACAAUGGCAGGAGUAGCCAAGGUGGUGAAAGAAUCACAUGUUGCACAGCAUCUGGGUGCGCAGGGCAAAGGGUGCAUCAUGAUCCACUUUGAUGCGCAGCUUUUUGGUGAAUCCUUGAAGCGGCCAGACAGGCGGUUCCCGCCAUUGAGUCCUGCGCUUGUCAAGAAGCUUGUGCAUGGUGCUUUGAAAGGGCGGGGGUGCAGCCCCAACUCCAAGGUCGGUGAUGAUCACUACGACAAGCCAUUGGACGGUGACUAUGUGUUCCUGAACGAUGGUGGCCGCAAUGUGCUUGAGUCCCUGCUCUCUCCUUUCAAGGCCAAGGAGACGGGCAAAGCCUCCAUUGCCCACUACCUGGACACAACCGAAAUCACCCUUUGCCUGAGCCAGGACCAACUUUGUGUCAUUGAGCUCAAACUGGAUUAA